UCGCAGGGGCGCGGUGUGACGUACUAACGUGGAAGACUGGAACUCCUUUCGCGGUAUACUACUGAUAUCCAACACGAACAGUUCAGGGAGGGGGAGGGACAGGGAAGCCUCAAAGAGGCAAGAACCCAACACCGGAGAGAAGGAGACAGUCUGUGCGCGAAUAGGCGAGGGAAUACGAGCACGAGUGGUGGUGGCGGCCCGUCUUUUAUGCACCAGUAACGACAGAGGUUCUUCUUCUUCGAGUUCCUCGCUCUGGAAUACCCAAGACAUUUGCCUCCUUUCGGAAUACAAUGUUACUUGCUCGCAAGAAUGUAGUCUUGUAGCCUGUUGUCUUCGUCGGCGCAUACGAACUGUGGAGACUCGCCGGGAACCCAAGCGAAGAGCCAUUUUCUAAUAGACCUCGCAUUGUUAAACUCCCUUUAUGGUGGUCUGUGCAUCGUCGCGAGACUGAUCCCUCCCAACUGGUCAUGCGUUUUGUUGUCGCGUCGCAGCGACUGAUAGCAACCUAAUACUGCGCCCGAAGCCACGGCGGUUAGGCUUUUUAAAGAGUUAACGUUACAUUUCUAUUACAAAGUAACAAAGGUAAUGGAGAUGAAACUGCAGCAGUUACAGUUUUUACCUCUGCGAAGGCAAAUCGACGUCCAUCUUUCUCUUUCAUAGCCUAUUGGUCGAAAUGCAACGCAAGCCUAGCCUACCUCUUUUCUCCAGGUUUGUUUUCCCCGUGGUCAGUUCGGGACUAUAAAAUAGGCUAGCUGGCCUUUUGAACCAAAAUAAACGAAUCUUGGGAUUGCCUUUUUUGCUGCUGCCAAAACGUUGGCAAGUAUUCUCCAAAGUAGUACAUUAUUCACGACUUUGCCUUUUUUUAGAAAAAAGUUUGUUUUUGUGGUUGAGCAAUAACUGCUCGAUUUUCAACAGCAGCCUACACGUAGGCUAUACCAAUUUUUCAAAAAGUAAAGAUUAGUGGAUAUGUUAAUCGUACUUAGGGUUAUAUUAUCAGAGACAUUAUUCCGAAAGGAGGAGAGCACGGAUCUAAUGUGAAGAUUUUGAAUACGCCUGAAAUCUUAGGCCUACAAGUUCGUUUUUGGUGACCUCUGUUUUUAUUCCCCUCCCCCCGAAAAGUGUAGGUGAGCUUCAUUUUCUUGCCUGGAGGAUUCUACUGGCUUUUACGCUUUGCAAUAAUCUUUCAAAACACCAUUUCACACGUUUUGAAAUAACAAAAUUACGGAUAAUCGCAGUAAACGCCAUUCAUAUUUGAAUACCCCUUGAUUUAGGAUAUUUAGCCUAAAUCAGAUUAACAAAGACAAGGAUUUGAAGGGACGAUGGACUCGAUCAUGGACGAUCAGACCCACAUGAUGUCCGGUCCCAUUGGACUGAGCGGAAUCUCGCGGGCCGACAUGGCUGAGCUGGAAGCAGCUCGGAAGCACGAGUACCAGGGGCAGUCACGGAACAUCGGUGACAUUCUCCAGCAGAUAAUGGCCAUCACAGACGAGAGCCUGGACGAGGCCCAAGCCAGGAAGCAUGCGUUGAACUGCCACAGGAUGAAGCCGGCCCUAUUCAGUGUUCUGUGUCAAAUUAAGGAAAAGACAGUUCUCAGUCUGCGUCGGGCGCAGGAGGAGGAGCCUCUGGACGGUCAGAUCAUGCGAUUGGACAACAUGCUGCUGGCAGAGGGCGUGUCCGGGCCGGAGAAGGGCGCGGCGGCGGCUGCGGCCGCUGCUCUCUCCGCCGCCGGGGAGACGCUGAACGACAGCAGCACGGAGCACUCGGACUACCGGGACAAACUGGCCCAGAUCCGCGGGAUCUACCACUCCGAGCUGGAGAAGUACGAUCAGGCCUGUAACGAGUUCACCACCCACGUGAUGAACCUGCUGCGGGAGCAGUCCCGCACGCGUCCCAUCUCGCCCAAGGAGAUCGAGCGCAUGGUGGCCAUCAUCCAGCGCAAGUUCAGCACCAUCCAGAUGCAGCUCAAGCAGAGCACCUGCGAGGCCGUCAUGAUCCUCAGAUCACGCUUCCUGGACGCCAGGAGAAAGAGGCGUAAUUUCACCAAGUCGGCCAUUGAGGUCCUGAACGAGUACUUCUACUCCCACCUGGCCAACCCCUACCCCAGCGAGGAGGCCAAGGAGGAGCUGGCCAAGAAGUGCUCCAUCACUGUGUCACAGGUGUGUAACUGGUUUGGGAACAAAAGGAUCCGCUAUAAGAAGAACUUGGGGAAGUAUCAGGAAGAGGCCAACAUGUACGCAGUCAAGACAGCCGUGGACGCAACCAACACGUCAACGCACAGCAGCCAAGCCGACUCGCCUCACACCCCAAACUCCGCCGGAUACCCAGCACCUUGUUACACUCCUGAUGGAAGGUUAUGAGACCCCGCCCACCUCUCACUCAGCCAAUCAGAAUGACAAUUUCAGCAUCUGGUUAUACACACACACAGUCAUUGGGUUGUGAGGAGAUGAAGUGGAUGGAUAUCAGACACACAAAAGAAGUUUCUUUUUUUCCUUUUUUAAAUCCCUUCUUCCCCCUCAUUUUGUAUGACAUAAUAAUUGAAUCACGUAUAUAGAAUAGCUCUUUUUUUUCUAACGUCACCUCACUGACUGGUGAGCCAGGAGCCAAACUGAGAGACAGACCGUGGAAGUUUCUGGAACACUGGUGACACGGACUCCUCAUGUUAUGAUGAAAAAACAUUAAUAAAGAAAGAUGUGAAAAA